AUGGAUUACCAAUGCAUCGUCGUGUACACCGUCAUCAACAUCGCGCCGCCGCGGCUCACCGCACAGGCAACACAACUGUCAGACGGGUGUAUCACCUGGUUCAAAAAUAAGAUCAAGAGAGCGAUAGCAGUAUAUCUUCAAUCACUGAAGUUGACACCGAACAGCGGAGCGAUACACGGAAAUUUGGCAUGCUUAUACUAUAAACAGGGAUUUAUAGACCUAGCUAUAGAAACUUACCGGCGGGCCAUAGAACUUCAGCCCAAUUUUCCUGAUGCCUACUGCAAUCUUGCUAAUGCUCUCAAAGAAAAGGGCCUUGUUUACGAGGCGGAGGAAUGCUACAACAAUGCCCUGCGACUUUGCCCAUCUCAUGUUGACACUCUUAACAAUCUCGGUAACGUAAAACGAGAACAAGGAAAAAUAGAUGAAGCUACCAGACUUUAUAUGAAGGCUUUAGAAGUAUUUCCUAAUUUUGCAGCUACUCACAGUAACUUGGCGUCUCUUUUACAACAUCAAGGCAAACUACACGAAGCGUUGAUGCAUUACAGGCAGGCUAUAAAUAUUCAACCAAAGUUUGCUGACGCUUACAGCAAUAUGGGAAAUACUCUAAGAGAAUUGCAAGAUAUAACAGGCGCCCUUGUCUGUUUCAAGAAGGCAAUAGAGAUAAACCCCACAUUUGCAGAUGCGCACUGCAAUUUAGCAAGUAUUUACAAAGAUAUGGGACGAAUUGAUGAAGCUAUCGAUUCUUAUAAAACCGCUUUAAAAUUCAAACCAGAUUUUCCAGAUGCGUAUUGUAAUUUAGCACAUUGUUUACAAAUUAUUUGUAAUUGGGAUGAUUACGACGAGCGAAUGAAUAACAUUACAGCUAUUGUUGAAGAACAAUUGAACAUGGAAAAGCUUACUUCCGUACAUCCACAUCAUUCCAUUUUAUAUCCAUUAACGAAUGCAGCAAGGAAAGAGAUAGCCACGCGACAUGCUAACUUAUACACAGAGAAAGUAAAUAUUUUAGGUAACGUAAACUUUUUGCAUAAAAAGGAAUUAAACGGACGAUUACGUAUCGGGUACGUUAGCAGUGAUUUUGGUAACCAUCCAACUUCGCACUUAAUGCAGUCAAUACCAGGUCUUCACGAUCAAUCAAAAGUGGAAAUCUUUUGCUACGCGCUGAACUUUGAUGAUGGAACCACAUUCCGUAGUAGAAUAGUUAAUGACUCAGAGCACUUUGUUGAUUUGUCUUCUAUAUCUAGUUACAUAGAAGCAGCAAAAAUAAUACACAGAGAUGGUAUUCAUAUCCUCGUAAACAUGAAUGGUUAUACUAAAGGAGCACGGAAUGAGAUUUUUGCUUUAAAACCCGCACCCAUUCAAGUAAUGUGGUUAGGAUAUCCGGGAACGAGUGGUGCGCGAUACAUGGACUAUGUAAUAACCGACGAAAUAUCUUCACCCGUGUCCACUGAAAUGGAUUUUACUGAAAAGUUUGCUUUUAUGCCGUAUACGUAUUUUGUCGGAGAUCAUAAACAAAUGUUUCCACAUUUAAAAACAUAUUACAACGUCUUAACUGAUGACAAAAAUAGGUCUGUUUCAAAUAUGGCUCUAAUUAAUUGUUCAGAAGCCGUAAACAUUAAUGAAAUACUUAGUACAACUUCAAGAGUCAAAGAGAUCAAACACAAGGAUUCUACACCGAUAGAAAUUCUCGAAAACGAUGUAAACAUUCCAAGUUAUGUUAUUGAAACCAUUACGGAUCCAAAGCUUACACAGGUUGUGGUUAAUGGGAGACGAAUACAUAAUGGUUUAGCAAUAAACAGUUGCAAUAAAAAAGUAGCAGCUGCUGAAGAAAUAUUUGAAAAUAUAAUACUUACAUCGAGAAAACAAUACGGUUUGCCAGAUGACGCAGUUGUUUUCUGUAAUUUCAAUCAGUUGUACAAAAUGGACCCCAGAGCCUUGGAAAUGUGGGUGAACAUACUGAAAAAGGUACCGAAUAGCGUUCUCUGGCUAUUAAGUUUCCCCGCUGCUGGCGAACCGAAUGUACAUAAAUAUGCCCAGAGUUUAGGGUUGCCGCCGGGUCGGAUCAUAUUUUCUAGUAUCGCAUGCAAGGAGGAACACGUGAGGCGUGGACAGUUAGCAGAUGUUUGUUUAGACACGCCUUUGUGCAAUGGGCACACGACUGCUAUGGAUGUUUUAUGGGCAGGAACGCCAGUUGUUACACUCCCAGGAGAAACUUUAGCGUCUCGUGUUGCGGCGUCGCAGCUAAAUGCGUUGGGUUGUCCGGAAUUGAUAGCCAUAAGUAAAAGACAAUACGAAGAUAUUGCUGUUAAAUUGGGAACAAAUAGAACUUACCGAAGAUAUAUUCGAGCUAAGGUUUCAAAAGCACGUUUAGAAAGCACUCUAUUCGACUGUGAGCACUACGCCCGGGGGCUUGAAGCACUUUAUCAGAAGAUGUGGACACGUUUCGAGAGGGGAGAAAAACCGGACCAUCUGCAUGCUGUUGGGUGA